GACGCGAGGGGCAGCCUAAGAGCUCAGCACGGCUUAAAGUCAGGACUUUCCUUCUCCAGACAGAAUGUGAGUCUCCUUCGAUCUGACAUGGAACAAGACAUCUCUAAGUCAGUUGAGGAAGAUCUUGCAGAAGCCAUACAAGAAAUAACAUCACAAGAAGAAGCGCUGCUAAACUCAGAUGAUACUAGUUUGAAGACAAGUAAAAAGAUCAGUGAAAAAUUAGAUGACACAGAGAAGGAGAAAGAUGAACUACAAAUUGAGGAGAUAAAGGCAGAAAUACCUAAACACUCGAGGGGUAGACAAAAGACACGGCAGAAGCCGAGUCCUGAAGCAACAAAGGAGGAAAUAUCCAGCAGCAAGAAGACUGAGGAAGUAAAAUUGAAAAAAGUGGCUGUUGAAAAAAUUCAGGCAAAGUACAUUGGUGAGGAGGAUCCGUGGUCACAGAUCACCUUGAAUAGGUGCAUCAUUGCUGCCGCCGUUAUUGUGGUUAUCAGCAUGGGCGUCCAAAUGAUUGUCGGUAUUUUUGACGUAGAUGAAGCUUCAAUAUUGGUGUACACUGACAACAGCUUCCUUGAUGAUGAAGAAUUAAAAUUGGCAGAAAGGACUGCACUCAAGGAUCAGGGACUGGCUGCAGACACUGAAGAAUCUGUGAGUGAACUCAGGGAGAUGCCUCCUCAGACCCCCGGCAGGCCUGAGCUGAAAAAGGCACACGGCACCCUGAAGGGAAAGGCGGGAGGCUGCAGAACUGAGGUGGACAAUAAAAAGCAGAUCUCUCCACACGCUAAAGAGAUCAGAAGUGUUAAAAGCGGUUAUAAGCCAAGAGAAAAGGACUCAGAAACCAGGUACAGUAAGGACAGGAAAGAUCAUAAGAUUGAGGUUGAAAAGAAGGACGAUAAGCACUUCAAGAAGGAAGACAAACACAAGGCCCACCUUGAGCAGCACUUCAAAGACAGAGACGUCAAGAAGCUUUCCAAGGGCAAAGAGGGAUGCGAUAAAGGGAGUAAGCUUAAUCAGCACCAUUUUCCAAGACGACACGAGAAAAAUGUUAAACAAAAAACAUCUAGCAAACAUCAAGGCCAUUAUGUAGACUUUGAAAAGCACAGGUACUUCUUCAAGCAGAAUGGCAACAAAAAGCACGAUUACAGAAUUCAUAAAGAGUAUAAUAAGUACCGGGUUGGCAAGCAUGGUAAACAUUAUGGAAUUGAAAAACUUUUUAAGAAGAGUGGCAUGGGAAAACAUUUUGGUAAAAAUAAAAUAAAGUAGAAAGCAUGAAUAGUUCAGUUCAAGGCCAAGCUAUAUACAAUCAUUUUGUGUCUAGAAAUAUUCCCUUCAUAGAGUAAAAAUUCUAAGCAGAAAUGCUAAGUUAUAUUAGUGAAGUGUAACAUUUUUAAGUGAAAUACAUUGCUGCUGCACCAAAUAACACUCUCCUUGUAAAGAAUAAUGCUGGAUUGUGAAGUUAAAUUGUUUUUAAUAAAAUGCAGUCUCAAAGGUGUUUUAGUCAUUUCGAAAUGGAGCCGUUCGGGGAUUAGAAACUGCAACUAAUCUCCACUUUGGAACAAGCACUGAAGAAGGGUGGGAAACAAACGGUUUAAAGUCCUGUAGGCAAAACUACAUCUAUAGUAUCAUAAAUUAUACUACGGGUAUGUGUUUUUGUGCUCUCAUAUUUUAAUAGCGGAUUAAACAAAGUAUAUA